CGAAGCGCAGCUCGCGAGCUCCGUCGGUACGGUCGAACGCAGCGCACCGAACAAAAACGUCAUAAUUAGCAACAACAACAACAAUAACACAUCAAAGAACAUCAGCAGGAAAAAAGAACGCGUUUGGAACGUUCAACAACAAAAAGAACGGAAAGAACGUCUUUAGAACGAAGGAGCAUAAAAAAAACAAGAACAACAACGAAAAAAGAAAAAGAGGCUCGCGGAGGAAAAACAGAAAAAGGGGCUUUUCCCAUCUGCGCGCGCCUGUACGUUAUUCAGGAUUUUUCCCUCGUCUGCACUCGUGCAUGUGCAGAGCUGGAAGAAGGGGCGCGUGGAGCCGGGGUUGUGUAUGAAGAGCCGCGCGCGCACCAGCUGAACUCGUAGUUUGUGGCCGCACGCAGUGGAGAGUGCACGCAGGGGCGGCAUGGCCGGGACUCGGAGGCUGGGGCUCGCGAUGGCGCUCCUGCAUCUGCUCCUGCACUGCUUCUGGAUCCAGAGCUCCGGAGCCUCUGGCCAUUUCGAGCUGCAGCUGCUGUCCGUGCACAACGCGCGAGGCGAGCUGCAGAGCGGCGCGUGCUGCAACGGCGGCGCGCGCGACCCGGCGACGGAGGUGUGCGCACGGGACGAGUGCGACACGUAUUUCCGCGCGUGCCUGAAGGAGUACCAGUCGCGCGUGUCCGCCGGAGGACCGUGCAGCUUCGGCAGCGGCUUCACGGCCGUGCUCGGGGGGAACAGCGUGACGCUGGCCGGGGAGAGCCGCGCGCGCAUCGUGCUGCCCUUCAGCUUCGCCUGGCCGAGGUCGUACACAUUGAUCCUGGAGGCCAUGGACUUCAACAAUGACUCCAGCACCGGGAGCAUGAGUGGUCAGUUGAUAGAGAAGGCGGUCCAGUCCGGUAUGAUUAACCCGAGCCCUCAGUGGCAGGCUCUGAGACGUAACGGCACAGUGGCUCAGUUCAACUACCAGAUCCGUGUGAUGUGUGACGAGCACUACUACGGCUUCGGCUGCAACAAGUUCUGUCGGCCCAGAGACGACUUCUUCGGCCACUACACCUGCGACCACAACGGAAACAAAACCUGCAUGGAGGGCUGGGCCGGUCCAGAGUGCAACACCGCGAUCUGUAAGCAGGGCUGCAGUGCUGAACAUGGAUCCUGUAAAGCGCCUGGAGACUGCAAGUGUUUGUAUGGCUGGCAGGGUGAAUACUGUGAUCAGUGUAUUCCUCACCCUGGCUGUGUACAUGGUACCUGUGUGGAGCCCUGGCAGUGUCUGUGUGACACUAACUGGGGAGGACAGCUCUGUGAUAAAGACCUGAACACCUGUGGGACGCUGCAGCCGUGUCUGAAUGGAGGAACCUGCAGUAACACAGGACCAGACAAGUACCACUGCGCCUGUCCUGAGGGCUACUCUGGACCGAACUGUGAGAGAGCUGAUAACGCCUGUCUCUCUGAGCCGUGUUUUAACGGAGGGAGCUGUGUGGAGAGCUCUCAGGGGUUCGAGUGCCAGUGCGCGCCAGGUUGGACCGGACCGUCCUGCACCAUCAAUAAAGACGAGUGCAGUCCGAACCCCUGUAAUCACGCUGGGACCUGUGUGGAUCUCAUCAACCAGUACAAGUGCAUCUGUCCAGCACAGUGGACUGGCAAAACCUGCCUUAUUGAUGCUAAUGAGUGCGCUGAGAACCCGUGUGUUAAUGCCCACUCAUGCCGUAAUCUGAUCGGUGGAUAUUUCUGCGAGUGUCUCCCUGGUUGGACGGGACAGAACUGUGACAUCAAUAUUAACGACUGUCAGGGACAGUGUCUGAACGGCGGAUCUUGUAAGGACCUGGUGAACGGCUAUAAAUGUAUGUGCGCACCUGGCUUUGCGGGUGAUCACUGUGAGAGAGAUAUAGACGAGUGCGCGAGUCACCCAUGCCUCAACGGGGGCCGCUGCCAAGAUGAUGUCAAUGGCUUUCAGUGUCUCUGCCUGCCUGGUUUCUCUGGAAACCUUUGCCAGUUGGAUAUUGACUACUGCGAAGGCAAUCCCUGUCAGAACGGAGCGCAGUGUUUUAAUCUGGCAACGGACUACUAUUGUAAAUGUCCCGAAGACUAUGAGGGCAAAAACUGCUCCCUCCUCAAAGACCACUGUCGCACCACACCUUGCACAGUGAUUGACAGCUGCACGGUUGCCGUGGUUGCAAACAGCACUAGCACCAGCAUGCGCUUAAUUUCCUCCAACGUGUGCGGCCCGCAUGGUCGCUGCCAGAGCCACGCUGGGGGCCACUUCAGCUGCGAGUGUCAGGAUGGCUUUACUGGAACUUACUGUCACGAGAACAUUAAUGACUGUGAGAGCAGCCCGUGCCGUAACGGAGGGACGUGCAUUGAUAAAGUGAAUGUGUACCAGUGUAUCUGUGCUGAUGGCUGGGAGGGACCACAGUGUGAAACUAAUAUCGAUGACUGCAGCACGAACCCGUGCCGAGAUCGCGGUGUGUGUCGUGAUCUGGUGAACGACUUUUAUUGCGAGUGCAAAAACGGCUGGAAGGGCAAGACCUGUCACUCACGUGAGAGUCAGUGUGACGAGGCCACCUGUAACAAUGGAGGGACCUGCUAUGAUGAAGGAGACUCAUUCAAGUGCAUUUGUGCACCUGGAUGGGAGGGGGCUACCUGUAAUAUAGCCAAGAACAGCAGCUGUCUUCCCAAUCCGUGUGAGAACGGAGCCACCUGCGUCGUCAGCAGCGACGGCUUCACCUGCGUGUGCAAAGAAGGCUGGGAGGGGCCGACCUGCAGCCAGAACUCGAACGACUGCAGCCCGCACCCAUGCUACAACAGUGGGACUUGUGUGGACGGAGAUAACUGGUACCGGUGUGAGUGCGCACCGGGCUUCGCCGGACCCGACUGCCGCAUCAACAUUAACGAAUGCCAGUCAUCUCCUUGUGCUUUCGGCGCCACCUGCGUGGAUGAGAUUAAUGGCUACCGCUGUGUGUGUCCGCCAGGGAGAACCGGAGCCAGGUGCCAGGAAGGACGUCCCUGUAAGAUAGGAGGCCGAAUCAUAGCCGAUGGAGCGAGAUGGGACGAAGACUGCAACACCUGCCACUGUCAAAACGGCCAAGUGACCUGCACAAAGUUGUGGUGCGGUCCGAGGGCGUGUCGUUUGGUCGGAGCAGGUCGAGGUGAUUGUCCUGCAGGUCAGUCGUGUGUGCCGGUGCGUGAAGAACGCUGUUUCGUCAGGCCGUGCCCCAUGCAGGGAGAGUGCUGGUCGGGUCAAAGGACACUCAUGCGGGCCAGGUGUCACACAGAGAGCAACUGCGCCAACGUCACGUUCACUUUUAUCAAAGACAUCAUGCCACAGGGUGUAACUGUGGAGCAGGUGUGUAGGGAGUUGAGGAGUCUCUCUGUAGUGAAGAACCUUUCCUCAGAAUUUUCCAUCUCCAUAACGUGCGAGCCCUCCACCACUGCCAGCAACGAGAUCCACGUCACCAUCGUUUCUGAUGAUGGCGCGGGCAGCGAUGCUCCUGAAAUCACGGACAGGAUCGUGGACCUGGUGAGCAAACGUAACGCUAAUGGCACCAUCCUCACCGCCAUCGCGGAUGUGCGUGUGCAGCGCAGGAAGAACGCCAGCCAAAACGAAUACUUGGUGCCGGUGCUGGUUUCUGUGGUAACCGUGAUCUGGGUGAUGGCGUUGGUGUCCGUGUUGCUAUGGUUUGUGCGACGACGACGCAAGCAGAACGGCAGCCCCACGGCGACCGGCCAUGCCUCCCCAUUGCCCACAACGACCGCCGAGGACAACAACGCGGCCAACAACGCGCGGGAGCACCUGAACCAGAUCAAGAACCACAUCGAAAAGAACCAGGCGUCCAACGGUAACGACAAGCUCCACGGUGACGACAAGAACGCCGUCAGCGCCAAAAUCAGGACGCACUUCUCCGAGACGACCUCCAGCCUUCCGGAUGAGGACAUGGACACAGACAAGCGGCUCCACAAGGCCCGGUUUCCACGGCAACCGGCCUACACGCUGGUUGACCGAGACGAGCGGCCGUGUUUGAACGGUACGGCGGGGAAGCAGCCGCACUGGACUAACAAACGAGACAACAGAGACCUGGAACAGUCCCAGAGCAGUUUACACAGAAUGGAGUAUAUCGUAUAGCAACCGCUGCUAAAAAACAAAAAUAAUAAUAAUCCAGUGGGCUAACGCCGCAGUCACCGUGACAACCAUCACGGCCACAUACAAAAACGGUAAUGCGAGAAGGUCGAAGGUAAAGGAAGGAGGGGAAAAAACGAGGCGAGUUCACUCCGAAAUUUCUUUGGAUAGCCGCCGAAAGGCUCCGAUCGCAGUCUCCGUUUUGGAAUCUGGAGCUAAAAUUGCAAAGCAAAGCGAAGAAAAGUCCCCACAGUGAAAUCUACAGUACAGAACCACAGUCUACAAUAAAGAACACGCUGGCUCAGUCAGUCGGGUUGUUGUGAGUGGCUGUUUUUUUAGGUGUUUUUGGAAUUUUUGGAAAAACCCCUGGUUUAAAACGGUAACGCCACUCUGCGGUUCUUCGUUUAGCAAAGAACUAUGAAUUCUCUGAAGUGACGUCACUCUCAGAAAAAUCUGAACCGUGUCCUGGUUUUGGAGGUCACAUGACUUUGCAGUCAGCAUCUGUCAGUGUUGGGAUCAUUUCACAAGGACUUUAGACUCGAUUGGUCAGAGCGAGCCACGUUUAUAUAAAUGGAGCUUUUGUCAAAAUUGGCUGAUCUGAGACCAGAUUUGCUGGUUCGAUUUUAACGGUUGGGUAUUAAGAUUAGGGUACUAAGAUUUGGCUAAGAUGAGCUGAUUGUAGUUGUCAUAAAGGAAAACUCCAUUAAAUGAUCUGUUAGCGAAUAACCUCCCAUUAGGCCAAACCACAACAACCAUUAAAGUUUAUUAUUAUUAUUAUUUAUUAGCGUUGUUUAUUGUUUUUGUUUGUUUUUUUUUUUGCAGGGAGGCAGGUUGUACAUAUUCCUGCCGUCUUGCAACAUGAAGAAUUUAAUGGUCGACUUAGAACGCUGUUGGUGUUGUGUAGAUUUUGUAUGUACAUAUUUUUAAUUAAUCAUUGUGUAUAUUUGAUUUUAUUAACUUAAUAAUCAAGAGCCUAUCAUUCCUUUUUUUCUUUUUAUUUAUGUGCUUCGUAUAGAUUCGAAGGUUUGACAGCUUUGUAAGCUUUCUACUUCCUUAUUUUUGAUGAGAAAAUAUUGUUUCACGUUUCGUAAAUGCCAAAAGUGUUCUUGAGAGAAUAGUUUUAUUUUUUAACUGUAUGCUGGGUGUUGUUUUCAUGCCUGAAUACGGAUGCGUUGUACAAAGUUUUGUUUUUGAAAACCGCGUGUUUGGUUAGAUGUUUGUCGGGAUUAUUUUUGUAAAGUAUUGAAGAGGAAAACAAAAAAGACCUUGCAACAAAGACAAAAAGAAACGACCGGACAUUUCUGGAAUGGUGUUAUUAUUAUUAGAAUCUGUCUUGAGUCAAUCUAGAAUGUUCUACCACGACAUUAUCAUUACCAGUUUCCCGUAGCAGUAUUCUGUAGUAAAGUGGACCUCCAGUUUGCAUGAAAUAGAUGGAAUUAAUGUAAAAAAAAAAAAGGACUGACCAUAAGAUGAGAAGAA